AUGACAAUACUGCAGAAGGAGAACAAAGACAUGUGGUCCCUCUGGCCCCUCCACCAGCUACUGAGGGUACAGGAGCACCAAUCCACUCUCUUUUCUCCACAUCUGUCCCCAGAGUACACAGGGAUCAGACUGGUGAACGGCAGCACAGUGUGUGCGGGGAGGGUUGAGGUCCAGGUGCUGGGAACCUGGGGGACCCUCUGUGCCUCCCGCUGGGACCUCUCGGAUGCCCACGUUCUCUGUCGUCAACUCAACUGCGGGUUUGCUGAGUCCAUUCCUGGAGGAGAAUAUUUUGGGAGAGAAACUGGCCCUGUCUGGAGAGACUCAUUCCACUGUGACGGGACUGAAGCUCUCCUGCAGCAGUGCCCAGUGACCACCUUGGGCGCCUCGCCGUGCUCCCAAGGGAACGCUGCUGCUGUCCUUUGCUCAGCCGGCUUUGGAUCCCUGCGGCUGGUGGGCGGAGGGAGCCGGUGCGACGGACGAGUGGAGAUCUUCCAGGAUGGGGCGUGGGGCAGAGUCCUGGAUGAGCAGUGGGACGUGCAGGAGGCCAGCGUGGUGUGCCGGCAGCUGCAGUGCGGAGAGGCAGGGACAGCCUACAACCCCCCAAAGCCUGAGCGAGGGACGGGCCCCGUGGGGCUGCGAGGGGUCCGGUGUGCAGGGCACGAGGCCAAGCUGACCCUCUGCAACACCUCCCUGCCCAGCAGUGCGCUGGCGGCAGGGCUUGCGGAGGAUGUGGGAGUCAUUUGCCGGGGGAGCCAGCGGGUCCGGCUGGUGAACGGGGCCGGGCGCUGCGCGGGGAGAGUGGAGAUCUACUCCCAGGGCAUCUGGGGGACUGUCUGCGAUGACGGCUGGGACCUGUCUGAUGCCGCCGUCGUUUGCCACCAGCUGGGCUGCGGAGAGGCAGUGGAGGCAGCCGGCUCCGCUCAUUUCGGGGAAGGCUCCGGGCAGAUCUGGCUGGAUGGUGUGAACUGCUCCGGGGCCGAAGCUGCUCUCUGGGACUGCCUGGCUGGGCCCUGGGGGCAGCACGACUGCGGGCACAAAGAGGAUGCGGGAGUCGUCUGCUCAGAGUUCAUGGCCCUGAGGCUGGAGAACAGCGACGGCUGCUCCGGGCGCCUGCAGGUUUUCUACAACGGGACAUGGGGGAGUGUUUGCUCUAACUCCGUGACUCAGGACACUGUGACACUGGCGUGCAAGGAGCUGGGCUGCGGGGACGGAGGAUCCCUGGAAAUACGCCUGCCCUCUGGCAGGGUGUCUGGCCCUGCCUGGCUGGAUCGUGUUCAGUGUGGGGAGAGAAACAGCUCCUUCUGGCAGUGUCCCUCCACGCCCUGGAAUCCACAGUCAUGUGAAUACCUGGAAGAGGAGAUCCACAUCACCUGCAAUGCCAGGGAGAAGAUUCGUGCCGUGGGAGGCAAGGACGGGUGCUCGGGCAGAGUGGAGGUCUGGCACCGUGGCUCCUGGGGGACGGUGUGCGACGACUCGUGGGACAUGCAGGAUGCCGAGGUGGCGUGCAGGCAGCUGGGCUGUGGCCCCGCAGUGUCUGCCCUGCAUGAGGCUGCGUUUGGAAUGGGGACAGGCCCCAUCUGGCUGGAGCAGGUGGAGUGCCGGGGGACGGAGCCAUCCCUGCAGGACUGCUGGGCCUGGCCCGGGGACAGCGGGGCUUGCCGGCACAAGGAAGAUGCUGCCGUGAGCUGCUCAGAUCCCACCCAAGGCCGUCAGAGCAGCAGCGGGAGAGUCUCAGUGCCCGUCAUCAUGUGCAUCAUCCUGGGGACCCUUGUCUGCCUGCUCCUGGCCCUCCUGGCUGGACAAGUGCUGAGCGCCGGGGCUGGGCGCAGAGGCUCCAGAAGAGCCCAGGAGCCCUUCCCCGAGGCUGUGUACGAGGAGAUCGGGUACAGCCCAGCGUGGGAGAAACGAGCCAGGUUUGAUCGCUCAGGCUCCUAUUCAGAGGAGUCCCUGACCCAGCUGCAGCCCCACCCUGGGGUCAGCGAGGAGGAGAAUGGUCUGGGAUCAGCACCAGGGGGCAGCCUGCGCUCCUGGAGAAGUGCUGAGGUCCCUGGAGCUGAAGGAGACACAUCAUCCCCGUCCCCGGGGAGCAUGGGCUAUGAUGAUGCUGAAGAGGUGCCUGUGGCACUUCUCUGUGAGGACGCAAAGGCUGUGACACCGAGCUUGGUGCACAGCAGUCCCUGA